AUGCCUGAUAGAGCAUUCAAAAAAGAAUUAGAUGUUCUUCCAGUUGUUUGUAUGUAUCGAAACGAUAAACAAUGUAAUUGGACAGGACAACUCAAAACCUACCAAUCACAUCUCGAUGAAGUUCAUGUUCAUUAUAUUUGUCCUCAAUGUAAUGAACGUUUUGCUUCACAGGCAAUACUUAAUGAACAUAUAACAAAAACUUGUCCGAUGAUAUUUCAAUCAUGUCCUUUGGCACCAUUCUGCGCUGAAGAAAUGAUUCCUAAAACUAAUUAUUUAACCCAUUUAUUAACUGAAAAACAUCAAGACACUGUAAAUAAAUUUUUAAUCAGUGAAUACCGUUUUCCUGAACCAUCUACUAAUGAACACGACGUAGAAUUAACUACAAUAAAUAAAGAAUUAGAAGAAAAAACUUCAGAAAAAAUCAAUGAUCUAUCAAAAAAAAUUCAAGAAGUAAACAAUGAAUCAGUAAAAUUAAAUAAUGAAUUUACUCAUUUAAAUGAACGUUUAAAUACAUUAGUACAAGAAUUAAAUAAUUUUCAUAUAACAAUCAAUGAAAAAACACCAAUUAAACAAAGUAUACAACCAAAUCAAGAAAAAUUACAAAAAGAUAUUGAUCAAUUACAACAAAGAUGUCAAAAUAAUGAACAUACAUCAACUGAUGGUACAUUAACAUGGCGUAUUGAACGUGUUUCAGAAAAAAUAGCAGAUGCACAAUCAGAACGACAAACAAGUAUAUUAUCUCCAAUAUUUUAUUCAUCACCAACUGGUUAUAAAAUGCGUGCAAGACUAUUUUUAUUCGGUGAUGGAAAUGCAAGACGUACUCAUGUGUCUUUAUUUUUUUCAUUAAUGAAAGGAGAAUAUGAUGCGGUACUUAAAUGGCCGUUUCAUUAUAAAGUGACAUUCUGUUUGCUUGAUCAAACAGGUAAUAAUCGUCAUAUAAUUGAUUCAUUUUAUCCUGAUGUUAAAUCAAGUUCAUUUCAACGUCCAAAAGAUGAAGCUAAUAUAGCAAGUGGUAUACCGAAAUUUUUUCCAUUACCUAUGUUAUUACAAGAUGACAAUGGAUAUGUUCGAGAAGAUACAAUCUAUAUUAAAAUUAUUAUUGCACUUAAUGAAACACCCAAAAUGAUGUUACCAUUUAUGUUAACGCUUAAUCCAGCUCUUCCAAGUUAUGUACAAGAAAAUUUAAUUAAUCAAGAAAUUGCUAAACGACAACAACAACAGCAGGCGACCGUUAGUAAUAACUCUCAAACGACGCCGAUGAAUACUUGA